GGCCGGGAAGCCGGGAGGCAUGUGAUUGUUGCUCUUCCUGGAUGUAACGGGAGCUGAGUGUAUAAAGCGCACAGCUUUGCUUUUUGUUUGACCUGUUCUUUUUGUCUGAGCUGUUUGUUUGCAGUUGUUUGAAGCAUGAAGCUGUGUGGUUUGGUUGUGAGCUUUUGCCUCAGUAUGGGAGUAAUGGCGGGGAAAUACUCGCGAGAAGUGAAUGAGCAGAAAGAGCUGAAUGACGGGAAAAAUGGCGUGGAAUUUCGUAUCGCGAAACUGAACCAGGUUUGGGAGAAAGCAAACAGGAUGCAGCUCCCCCCAAGGCGGCUGUCUGAGCUCCACAGCGACUUGAAGAUUCAGGAGAAAGACGAGCUUCAGUGGAAGAAGUUGAAGGCAGAGGGACUAGAUGAGGACGGCGAGAGAGAGGCCAAGCUCAGACGCAACUUUAACAUCAUCCUGGCCAAGUACGGAAUGGAUGGUAAGAAGGACAACCGUGCCUUGGACAGCAACAACCUGAAAGACCAUGACGCCAAACUGGGCGAAAUGUUUGAUGACCCCAGACUGGACAAACUGUGGAACAAAGCCAAGUCUUCAGGAAAGUUCUCUGAGGAGGAGCUGCACAGCCUGCGCAAAGAGUUCGAGCAUCACAAGGACAAGAUCCAUGAGUACAACAUCGUGAUGGACACAGUGAGCCGGACUGAGGAAAUCCACAAGAACGUGAUUUCUCCACUGGAGGGAGAGGAGAAGAUGUCCAAUCUGCAUGAGAAACACACGGACCUUAAGCAGAGGAUGAGGGACCUGAACCAGGGCUUUGAGCGUCUACGUAAAAUCACACAUGAAGGCUUCGACAGUGACAACGAGUUUAAGGAGCCCAGGGUUAUAGAGUUGUGGGAAAUGGCCAAAAGAUCUAAUCUUAGUGAGGAUGAGCUCGACUCUCUCAAGGAGGAGCUGAAGCAUUUCGAGACAAAGGUAGAGAAGCACCACCACUACCAGGAACAGCUGGAGUAUUCACACCAGAAACUGCAGCACAUAGAGGCCAUGGGUGAUAAGGACCACAUCAUGAGACAUAAAGAGAAAUACAACACACUUGCAGAGAAAGCACGAGAGAUCGGAUACAAGAUGAAAAAACAUUUGCAGGAUAUAACCAACAAAAUCUCCCGAAAUGGACUGCAGCACAAUGAACUCUGAGCAUGACCUCCUCUUCUCACCAUGACAACACUGAAAAUCCUUCAUUUCCAUAUGUGUUGAUUAUAGUGUGGGUGCAGUCAUUGAUUUGCUAAAGGUUUGUUUAAAUCAUUUCAGUAUUCACAGAACAUUUGCGAAUCUACAGCACUGAUAUUUUUUAAAUGACAUUGCAUGGUUUUUAUUUGGUCCACUGUAAGUGGCAGUAGCAAACCCUAUUUGAUAGUUUAGGUACGAAAACAUAUGUACAGUAUGUUACAUUUUAAGUCCAAUCAUUAUUUUUGAGUAUUCGAGCUGCUGAAGUCAUUCCCACAGGAGCAGUACAGGUUGAACUUUGAAUGCAUCUGUACCCUUCAGAGUUUUAGAAAUCUUUUUCUGUUUUCAUGAAAUUCCAUUUAUUUGAUAAUGUAAUCUCUGUAAAUAAAAGAAGAUUGUUCAUCCA